UUUUUAGCGUGCCAUGAGGAGCUUCGGAGGCGUGGCUGCAGCAGCUUUGGCGCUGCUGGCGGGCGCUGUGGACGCGUCUGCCCUGACGCCGCCGGUGCUACCGUUGAUCGUUCGCAAUCCCUACUUGAGUACCUGGCUUAACGAUGCUAGAGAUGUGCCGUGGAGCAAAUGGCCCAUGUUCUGGACCGGGGCUGAGGUUGGCUUCUCCCUGCUGGCUUCCGUGCCAGACACACACACCGUCUACCCGCUACUCGGUCGCCCGCAUGAUUCGCUGCAAAAGUCUGCUCCUGGGUACAACGUAUCCGAAGCCAUUUACCAGGGAGCCAAGUACGACGCCUCCGUUACCAACUUAACCUACCACAUCCCCGCUCCCGACCCUGUCACCGCUGGUUCCGCCCCCUUGGAGCUUGUUAUCUCCUUCCUCUCACCCAUCACGCCGACCUCGACACUCCGCCAAGCUAUUCCCGCGUCCUACAUUGCUGUCCAUGUCUCUGGCAGCUUUGAUAUUGAUGUUUACAUUGAUGUCAAUGGCCAAUGGGUCAGCGGGAAGCGAGAAAGCCGGAUUGUCUGGGACCUGGGCUUAACCAAUGUCGAUGAGGCCAUUGGUUUCAAGACGUGGCGGGUGAGGAGAGAAACAGAAGAGCUCUUUACGGAAAACGUCCCUGGCGGCAACGCCCAGGCGGAGUGGGGCACGCUGCACUUUACUGCCUCUUCGGACGUUCGACAUGAGUGUGGAACUUCUGCCGUUCUGCGCCAGCGCUUCUCUGCCACUGGUACUUUGCAAAAUGAGGUCGAUAAUAACUUCCGUGGUAUCAUGGAAGAGGAGCCCGUUUUUGCCUUUUCCAAGUCUUUCCAGCUCGCUGGCAACAAGUCGUCUUCUUCCCCGGUAACCGACAGCGUCCUGUUCACCAUCGCCCACAUCCAAGAUCCUAUCGUUCAGUAUGCCUCUGCAAGAGGCCUGACAUAUAUGCGCCCGCUCUGGAAAUCCUGGUUCCCUAGCGAGGAGCAGUUGCUUACUUACCACUACCUCGACUUUUCCAACGCUGCGAGUCUUGCUGCAAAUUAUUCUGACCAGCUCGCCGUUGAUGCUUACGAGUCGGGCUCUGAUCAGUAUGUGGACAUUGUCGCGCUCAGUGCUCGGCAAGUCAUGGGUGCUACCAGCUUCUCCGGCACCCCGGAAGAGCCCUUGCUCUUUCUCAAGGAGAUUUCAUCCAACGGUAACUCCCAGACUGUAGAUGUCAUUUUCCCUGCUUGGCCAUUCUUCCUUUAUACCAACCCUAGGUGGGGCGCGUAUCUGUUGGAGCCCUUGAUCGAGCACAUGAACAGCGGUCAAUACCCGAACACUUACUCCAUGCAUGACCUUGGUGCGAGCUUCCCCAACUUGACCGGUCAUGCGGAUGGUAGGGAUGAAUACAUGCCCGUGGAAGAGUGUGGUGAUAUGCUUAUCAUGGGGUUGUCGCUUGUUAAUUCUUUGACCUACGAGACUGGCCAUGAGCCGCAAUCCAUCUGGUCUCAGAUUGGUAGCUCAAACUACGAUGAGACCAAGAUGAACCCUUUUGCAUUGAACAUUGGCAGCCAUGAAGGAAUUGAGCACAUCGAUGACACCUGGGGUGGUAGCAUCAAGGGUGCAACGCAGGCGCAGAAGUGGCUGCGAAAGAGCUAUGGACUUUGGAAACAAUGGACAGGAUACUUGAUUGAAUUUUCUCUGGAACCGCAUAACCAGUUGUCUACAGAUGAUUUUGCGGGCUGGCUUGCUUUGCAGACAAACCUCGCGCUCAAGGGCAUUGUUGGGAUCAAAGCUAUGAGCGAGCUCGCCUCUACUCUUGACAACGAUGCCGAUGCCAGCUAUUACAGGAAUAUUUCCGACGUUUACAUCAAGAAGUGGCAAGAAUAUGGUAUCUCCCGCGAUGGUUCCCAUGCCAAGCUUGCCUACGACUGGUAUGGCAGCUGGACAACCCUUUAUUCGCUCUACGCCGAUGCGCUGCUGUGCUUCCACCCUACCAUCACCAAUGCGAGUAGCACCUCUGCUGGUCAUACCCUGUACAACCCAAGCAGAGGCCGUACCCAGGAACCACUUCAGCCACCCAAGCUACCGGGCUCACGCAAGCCGAUCACGACUGACUUCAUUCCGCACCAUGUCUACAAGAUCCAAAGCGAAUGGUAUGCCGCAGUGAUGCAGAAAUACGGCCUCCCACUCGAUAGCCGCCAUUUGUAUACCAAGAGCGACUGGGAGUUUGAGGCCGCCGCGGUCACGAGCGAGAAAGUGCGCGCCGAAAUUCUAGAUCGAGUUGCCAAGUGGCUCAAUGAGACAAGCACUGAUCGCCCGUUUACGGAUCUGUAUCAGACCGAGGGCGAGGGUGGAUUCCCAGGCCCAAACUUCUUUGCAAGGCCCGUCGUUGGUGGACAUUUUGCUUUUCUGAGUUUAGAACGGGCUUGCGGUGGCACUGCGAUGAAUCCGUUCAAGGCUUGGGAGGAAUGAGUGUGUGUGCGAAGGUUUGGAAAUUGAACUCAUUGUGCUGGAUUUAAUAGCCUGGUCAUUAUGAUGGUGGAUUCACCGGAAAUAGGCAGUGGAAGAGGUUAUGCUGAUGAUGAUAAAUGAACCAUGCUUGUUCGAUACACUA